UUGGUGAACCUGUACAUGAAAUGCGACUUUGGACGACGCUGGUAGUUGUGGCUGCGCUGUCAACGUCGUCAGCUUGGGCCUCUCAGAGAGCCCACCGUGGGCAUGUCGACCCAUCAACCAUCAUGACGGCGACCAACGCCCGCAACACGAUGGGGUGGUGGUCCACCACGUUUGGAUGCGCCGAUGACUGCAACGUCUCCAACACAUGCGCGAGCGACGUGCUGUACCGGUCUGUUGUGGACAAUCUUGUCUCGGGUGGGUACGUCCAAGCAGGGUACACUUGGCUAUACGUCGAGGACUGCUGGGCGCAACGCUCCCGCGACACAUUUGGCCGGCUUGUGCCAGAUCCCCACCUCUUUCCCGACGGGAUAGUCGGUCUCACCGCGUACGCACAUGCCCAUGGCAUGCAAGUGGCCGUGUCCGUCGACCUCGGCAGCCAAACUUGCGCAGGGCUUCCUGGUUCUUUGGGCCAUUAUGACUUGGACAUUCUAACGUUAGCCGGUUGGAGCGUCGAUCGCAUCCUCGUGACCACUUGCUCAGUGGCGCCCACAUCAAACACCGACACGUCAUUGUCGUUGUACGCUCUCCUGUCUGCGUUCACAUCCCUAGCAUGGUCAACCGCCCAUUUGGCUUCGCAUUGCGUACUUCCCAACGCCACCAACAGGACCCUCCUCCAUGCCAUCUCGCGCCAUUGCCAGCAUAUUCAGCUCGACCCGCGCAUCCAAGACGACUACACCGACGUCCAACGACACGUUGUGACGGCGCUGCAUGAGCUCGACACCCAGCCGUUCUUUAACACGUCGUAUGGCCCGGUCGUGGCUGGCGGGUUUGGCCUCACGGCUGGCCAGGCCCGGGUUCAACUAUCAGCGUGGCUAUUGCUGCAGUUCCCACUACUCCUGGCAGCCGACGUGCGCUCUCUACCGCUGGAAGCUCACGAUUUGCUCGUGCAUCCAACGUUUUUACACGUGUACAAGGCGAUUAGCCAAUCGAAUGCAUCAGCCAGUACCCGAAACCCCACGCGAUGGACCGGGAGCCAGGUGCCCCGUGGGGUGGAUGUGUGGCUAUGGCGGCUUGAAAAUGCCGUCGUGCUGAGUGCGUCUCGUGUGAACAACCACCAAAGUCCUUAUGUACCUGUGUCCUUUGACCUGUCCUGGCCUGAUCUCGGCUUUAAAUCGUCGGCAGUGUGCACCGUCACAAAUGUGUGGGCGUCCGCUGCGCCGACGCAUCAGAAGCACCGCGUUACGGUGACAGUGGCGCCGUUCGAUGCCGCGCUCCUAGUCGUCCAGCCUGAAGACUGACAACUCCUAACGAGAUCGAGGCAUCGUAAUAGUAUACUACUAGUACUAGUACUGCGAGGGGUGGUGUCUAGUUACAGUAGGGAUGAUAAUAUAUUGUUGUGUUUUAUGUUCUCAAA